CUACUAUGUAGUGUACGUUUUAAGGUAGGGGCGAUGAAUUUGGGUUUCGAACGCUGAGAAGCGAGACCAGACACCACAGAGAAUAAACAUUGGCCUUACUGAAGUUGAUUGCGAUAAAAUUUACAGAUUGACGAGGUUUUAGAAUUAAUUUUAAGGGACAGAAUCGGUUAAAUCGCGCCGCUUUUUCUCCCUAAAAUGGCGCCGACGAUUCAAACUCAAGCGCAGCGCGAGGACGGGCAUCGGAGCUCGUCACACAGAACCGUCCCCGAGAGGUCCGGUGUUGUGUGCCGGGUUAAAUAUUGUAACAGCCUCCCUGACAUCCCGUUCGACCCCAAGUUCAUCACGUAUCCCUUUGACCAGCACAGGUUUGUGCAGUAUAAAGCCACCUCACUCGAAAAACAACACAAACACGACCUGCUCACAGAACCGGACCUGGGAGUGACCAUCGACCUCAUCAACCCUGAUACCUACCGCAUUGACCCGAACAUUGUACUAGAUCCUGCAGAUGAGAAACUUCUUGAAGAGGAGAUCCAGGCGCCCACUAGCUCCAAAAGAUCCCAGCAGCAUGCUAAGGUGGUCCCGUGGAUGAGGAAGACGGAGUACAUCUCCACAGAGUUCAACCGAUAUGGUGUGUCCAACGACAAAGUGGAGGUCAAGAUCGGUGUGUCAGUGAAGCAGCAGUUCACAGAAGAAGAGAUCUACAAAGACAGAGACAGUCAGAUCUCUGCCAUCGAAAAGACCUUCGAGGACGCCCAGAAAAACAUUACACAGCACUACAGCAAACCAAGAGUUACACCUGUGGAGGUGUUGCCCGUCUUCCCUGACUUUAAGAUGUGGAUAAACCCGUGUGCACAGGUCAUCUUCGACUCGGACCCUGCUCCUAAAGAUGUCUCCAGCCCUGCGGCUGUCGAUAUGAUGUCACAGGCUAUGAUCAGAGGAAUGAUGGACGAAGAAGGGAACCAGUUUGUGGCGUACUUCCUGCCUAACGAGGAUACGCUGCGCAAGCGGAAGAGAGACGUGGAGGAGGAAUUGGACUACAUGCCUGAGGAGCUAUAUGACUAUAAGAUAGCCAGAGAGUACAACUGGAACGUGAAGAACAAAGCCAGUAAAGGCUACGAGGAGAACUACUUCUUCAUCUUCCGAGACGGAGACGGUGUUUACUACAACGAGCUCGAGACCAGGGUGCGUUUGAGUAAGAGGCGUGCGAAGGCUGGUGCUCAGUCCACCACCAAUGCUGUGCUGGUCUGCAAACACAGGGAUAUGAACGAGAAGGAGCUGGAAGCACAGGAGGCUCGCAGGGCUCAGCUGGAGAACCACGAGCCAGAGGAUGAGGAGGAGGACAUGGACAAAGACAUACAGGACUCUGGUGACGAGAAAGAGAAAGGCAGCGAGAGCGAGAACUCAGACAGCGGCUCCGAGCGGGACGAAGAGGACGAUCAGCGCGCUAACAAUGAGGAAGAGGAGGAGGAAGAGGAGGAGGAAGAGGAGAGGAAGGCGAGCGGCAGUGAGAGCGGAGAGGACCGGCAGGCGCGUGACGAGGAGGAGAUCUUUGGCAGCGACGACGACAGCGAGGAAGACAAUGAUGGCGGAGCUCGGAGGAGGCGGAGGAGCAGGAGCGAGGACGAGGACGCAGAGGAAGAGGGAGGAAGGGCGAGUGGCAGUGCCUCACCCGCCCACAGCAGCAGCGGCCAAUCAGAGGGAGGGGGAGGGCAGAGCGGCAGCGAGAGGGGGUCGGACUCCAGCGACGGCAGCGACAGCGAGUGAGAUCAGUUCCAGGCAACUUUUCUCGUACUCCGCUGUUCAUUAUAAGAAAGAGACGAACAAAACCAGUUUUCAUUUUCACUUGUUCUUUCUUCCUCUUUUUUUUUUCUCUGACAUUUUUCCUGCUCCAGCACUUUCGGUUCUUAUUUCACUGUUUUAAUCUGUUCUAACAAAACCUCAGCAGCUGUAGUUCAUUCUUGAGCGUCGGUCCCUGACGUAAUCCGUGGCGAGUCGGUUUAUAAACGACCGUGUAACACACGUACACAGAAGCGCCACGUUCUUUCACAUCGUCUCGUUAGAAUUAUCUUUGUAAAUCAGGUACGUUAGAGCAGGAAAAAUGCUCUCGCCGCUAAAUCCGCCGUCUCGAUAUGAAGGAUUGAUGAUUUUCUGUCACAGCUGGAGCAGACGUUGGUGCGAAAAACAUCUCGCCCUUGAUAUGUCCGAGCGCAUAUAAAUAUACGCUUCAACAAGAUAUGUCCGUUGCUCCUCUUGCUCAACAAACCUGUUUCACUGGACUGUCCUGAGGAUUUUUUUUUUUUUUGGUUUGUUUUAAUGUUUGUUGAAAGUCAAGUCUCUUUACAUUAUUUUGCUGUAUAAAGUGUGUAAAUAAAGAACAACCUGUUCAUUUGUUUAAAAAAAAAA